GGUACAUCCUACGCUGGAGCGCGCGCAGCAGCAGAUCAUCCACAGAGAGAAGCAGCGAUUACACCAGCUGGAUAACAAUAAACUGGAUUAAUUUACUCUUCAUUUGUCCUCGAAUUAAAGAAUUAUCAACAAAGCGUCAUGUCCUCGUCCACAGAGAUGACUGCCACCACGCAAAUCACUCCUGAGGUUCUCCAGAAACUCCUGGAGUAUUAUAACCUCUCCCGACAGGAAUUCAUUCACACCUACAACAUUCAGCCUCUGGUUUACAUCCCUGAACUCCCAACUGGAGCUAAAACCACGUUUGUCGUGAUGUAUGUGAUUAUUUUUCUUCUGGCGCUGGUUGGGAACAGCUUGGUGGUUUAUAUCGUGGUGCGUAAAGGCGCGACGCAAACAGCCACGAAUGUGUUCAUCUGCUCUCUGGCUGUCAGCGAUCUGCUCAUCACAUUCUUCUGUAUCCCAUUCACACUCCUGCAAAACAUCUCUUCAGAGUGGCUUGGAGGUGUUCUGGUGUGUAAGACGGUUCCUUUUGUACAGACAACAGCCAUUGUGACGGGCAUCCUCACCAUGACCUGCAUCGCCAUCGAGAGAUAUCAGGGCAUCGUUUAUCCUCUCAAAAUGAAAAGGCAGUACACUCCUAAACGCGCAUACAAAACGUUAGGGCUGGUGUGGAUAGCAGCGGUCAUGGUCGGAUCUCCGAUGCUGUUUGUGCAACAAUUAGAGGUGAAGUAUGAUUUUCUGUAUGACCUUCAUCACGUGUGCUGUCAGGAGCGCUGGCGGUCUCUUCUGCACCGGCAGCUUUACAGCACCUUCAUCAUGGUGGCUCUGUUUCUGCUGCCGUUGGCUGCUAUGCUCUUCCUUUACAGUCGCAUCGGCAUCGAGCUCUGGAUCCGCAAACGUGUGGGAGACUCGUCUGUCCUCAGCACCAUGAACAACAGAGAGAUCAACAAAAUCUCUAAGAAGAAGAAACGUGCAGUUAAAAUGAUGGUCACCAUUGUCCUGCUCUUCACCAUCUGCUGGGCUCCGUUUCAUAUCGUCCAUAUGCUCUUCGAGUACAAUGAUCUGGAGAAAAACUACGAUGAGGUGACCAUCAACAUGAUCAUCGCUGUAGUUCAGGCCAUCGGCUUCUCCAACUCUUUCAACAAUCCAAUCGUUUACGCCUUCAUGAACGAGAACUUUAAAAAGAACUGCGUCGCCACGCUUUCAGUGUACCUGCGUCGACCCGGCCGCCAGGACGGCCCCAGAGACAGACCGAACAUCAGCGUGCACUUCUCCAAACAUCUGAAAACUGAUGUGUUUAGUACCAACACAACCAGCAGAAACCGUGCUGAUCUUGACACACCUCAGAACAGAGUGCUGUUGAACCCAUCGCACGGAGAUCUGCAAAUAUCCACAGCGUUCACAGAGCAGAAAGUCAACAUCACCUCACGCUCGACACAGCUCCCGUCGAGCAGCUCCUGUGUGAAAUAAAAGACUGAGAGGACAAGAACAUAUUGUUACCUGACAUGACAUCUGACCGAAGGUGAAGACGUGUUCAUCGCCACAGAAAGAAGCGUCAGACCGAAGGUUACAUCUCUGUCGGAUGAGUUUACGGUCCUUGACAGAUCUAUCAUCUUUCAAGUGCUGUUCAAACAUAAACCUCAUGUGAAGAAAACUAACAACAAUGAGAGCGGCCUAAGAAAUAACCAGGGUCAAAUUACAACACAAACUAUAAUUACAAUCUUGAACAAACUCGACAUCAGAACAAUGACAGCUAGAAUUCACCCAAAGCAUUGAGUUUACAGUUUCUUGAAAAGAAAAUCAUUCAGUUGCUUACUAGAAUAAAACCAGCGGGAGAGAAAAUCCUCAAUUAAUAGUUUAUAACUGAUAUUUGUGAUAGUUAACCAGCUGAAUGUAGGGGAGAGCGGGGCUCAAUCUAAUGCUUUUUAGCUUUGGCUCUAUCAUUUAAAAAAUAUUUAAGCUAGAUGAAAAUUUUUUUUUGGAUGAACACACAAAUCUCUGCUACAAAUGAACACUUGGGAUGAUUUCCCGGACACGGAUUAGAUUAGUCCUAGACUAAAUCAAAAUGUAAGAGCUGUCCAACCUGAAAACAACUGACAUAUCUUAAAAUACAUCAGUGCCCUUUGUUUUGCCUCAAAAUGCAGAAAAGUUAUGUUUUUAGUAAGGCAUGUUGGUUAAAACUAGUUAUAUUUCCUAUAUACACUAAGGCCUAGUCCUGGCUUAAGCUAACACCCCAUGACGUUUGUUUGUGGGUCCUAUUGAUAUCGUACAAUUAUCCCGAAAGUGUGAGGAGUGCAAACGUUACCCCAUAAUGUUUUUAAUGGCAGCUAUCAGUUACUAGGAGUUGCUGACAUGUUUUAAAAUGGUGUUAUGUUUUAAGUUACAAGACAGUGAUUAAAAUAAUAUAAGAUUGGAUUUGGUGACUUACACACAGAAAUAAAAAAAAAACAUAAGAUAAAGAAAUUUACCACCAAAUCACUCUUAAUUCAAUAUCUUAACCAAAACAUAUUAAAACUUUUCACAAAUUCACCGGAGAUCUUCUGACAGGAAUAGAAAAAGACCAAAAGCACAGAUUGAUCGGCCCUAUAGAAAUAUGUAAAGUAGCUGUGUUACUAUUAACCCCGAGUUAGUUUGUGCCUCGCUCACCCCUACAUUAUCCUGCUGAUAGUUCACAGCUGCUUGCACAUAAGGAAAUAUACAGACACAACAUAUAUUUGAUCAGUUCACUUGUAAGAAGUGCAAUCCUUUUGCAAAGAAAAAUGUUUCCUAGUGGCUUUAAGCCCAGAUGUCUCAGACUGAAUCAUCUUAGA